AAUUUUGCGCUUUGAAAGUGAAAAUCGUCAAUCACAAGAAAAAUCGUGUGUUGUGUUUAUAAAAACGGUCUAUCUCAACCCCAUAUGUAUUUAUCAAUUUACACCUGAGGCCUCAAAUUGAAUCAAAGCGUUAUCGAGAUCGCGGUCACUCUUCGAAUUCUGUCUAACGAAUUAAAUUGGCAUGACAAUUUUUAAAAAUUUAAUGAUACCAUUUGUUGACAUUAAGCUCAGCGAAUUUUGAUUCGGAUUACAAACAUGUUUCUGCAUUAUUAUAUGAAGUCCUGGUGUAGCAAAGGUGUUUCCGAUUUGUUUCUGAAUGCGUGAAAGGUAUUUAAAUAUUUCUAAUAUCAUUCAGCAACCUUUGAAUACUCGUCCUCCAAAGGAUUUCGGGUUUUCUUUUGGUUAGAAUGGUAUCGUGAAGGUAAUCGGAGGAUUAGAAUGAAGAUGUCAUCGGGCCAUAAAAAUUCCGUCACUUAUUUGAAACAAGGAAGUAUACAGGAUGACCCUCCCACAGAUGUCAUUGACGAGGAACAAGUACAUUUGUCCUUGGAUCCGAAGUUACAAAUGUACUUGGCACAAAUAUCUCAGGAAUCUGGGUGUUGGGGUAGGUUCUUACCCAUACCUUUCGAACGAGCAUCGAGAAAAUCGUGGUGGGAUCCGACAUUUGACUCAGAAAUUCUGGAGGAUCAGUACAAAAUUUCAUCGUAUAUUAAUAGUAGGAUAAAAUUUAGGUUUGCCUUAGGCUACACCAUGUGCAUCGCUUCUUGCUGGCUAGUCUACAUACUCUGCAACGGCCUCCUCAGCACAUCACACUCUUGGAUCCUCAAAACCAUCCUGUUCAUACUCCUCCUCCUCUACAACAUAUUUGUCCUACUCUUAACCUACACCCGAAUAUUCCAGCGCCACAUGUUCACCAUCUGCUUCGUCUACGCCCUAUCCUGCGUAGUGAUCAGUUUUUUAUUCACCCUAGCCACCCGAAGACUCAGCGUCGGACACUUCUCAGUCUGCGUGCAACUGUUGAUAUUAUUUUAUACUCUGGUACCUUUAAAACUCUACGCUGGACUCUCAUUGGCAGUACUUUAUUCCGUAGCUUUUGAAUUGAUGGUUUUUGUAGUUACGCCCGAACUAAGACCGACAGAAAACACGGCGACUGUGGUGACGAUGAUAUUUUCGCACGUAGCCACACACCUGAUCGGUCUGCACAUUUACCUUAUGAACAACGUCAGACUCAGGCAGACUUUCAUGAAAGUGGGACAGAGUUUGUUGGUAAGGAAACAGCUGGAACUCGAAAAGAAAUUUAAAGAGAACAUGAUACAUUCGUUGAUGCCUCCCAGUGUUGCGAAUUGGUUAUUGAGAGACGACGAGAAUUUCACUAGGAGGCAGUCUAGUGAGUCUGGCAACAACGACCUACGCUCCUUGUUCAGGCCCUUUAACAUGGACUCGAUGGACAACGUCAGUAUUUUAUUCGCUGAUAUAGUCGGUUUCACGAAGAUGUCCAGUCACAAAAGCGCAGAAGAAUUAGUGGAAAUACUCAAUAAUUUAUUCCAGAGAUUCGACGAUUUGUGCAAGGAACACUGCUGCGAAAAAAUAUCGACUCUGGGCGAUUGUUACUAUUGCGUAUCGGGCUGUCCCACCCCCAGAACCGAUCAUGCCCGAUGCUGUGUGGAGAUGGGGCUGAGUAUGAUCAAGGCGAUCAAGAAGUUCGACCGGGAGAAGCACGAGGGGAUCAAUAUGCGGGUGGGGAUUCACACGGGCACGGUUUUGUGCGGCAUAGUCGGAACGAAGAGGUUCAAGUUCGACGUGUGGAGCAACGACGUCACGCUGGCCAAUAAGAUGGAGAGCACGGGCAGGCCGGGGAUGGUGCACGUGUCUGAGAAAACCAGUGGGUUCUUGCACGAUCGGUACUUUUUGGAGGAGGGCGAAGUCGUUUCAGGCCUAAAAACGUAUUUUAUCAUCGAUAGAAAGACUGACAGAUCCCCCUCUUACCAAGGUAGCUUUAGGGCGGAGGGUAGGCAAAAAUACGUCAACUCUCUGCAACUCUUCGUCUCACCGCCCGCGUCUUCGGUGUCUCUGUCGCCUCAGACUAGGCCUAGAGUACUGUCAUGCGACACUUCACACAUGAAAGGCCAGAACAAGAACUUUCUGUCGCCCGAUUCUUGUAUUGUCAAGGCUAGCAGUCUGCCUAGUAUAUUAGAUUCAGAAAAUGAGCAAGAUCCUCCCGAUGGUGUGAACGUGGAAAAUAUCAAAACGCCGACUUCCACCGCCAGUUCCGGGAAAUAUUCCAUGAAAAUCCGUAACUGGAAAAUACCGAAAUUUAUGAGAAAAACCAGUACCACCAGCAGUAAGCCCGACAUUGACGUUGAUUUCGUAUCUGGUACCACAGAUGCUAGCGAAGAUGGAUAUCAACAGGUUCCCACUAUCAUAGAGUCUUCCAACUCGCUGACCAGGAAGAAAAAAGAUUCUUGCGUCACUUUAGCUCCAAGAUACGAAGAUUUUCCCGUGUCCAGGGACAUUCUGGAUAUCAAAUCUUACAUCAGUCAUUCCAGGAGCGAUAUAGGAGCUUUUGAUUAUUCGUCGCCGGCCGAUUUUGUCAGAGGAGGAAGUUACAAGUCGCAAUUCGGCCGGUCCUACACCGGCGACAUCUCCGUCCUGAACCGAGCUGGCAGCAGCCGAACAAGGCGCGGUCGUUCACCCAACCCGGACGCCGUGGAACCAAUGGAAAGAGCCAGGAGCGCCACAGUAACCGUUAGUAAUAUUUCCAGACCCAAGAGAUCGCUGGACGUACCGUGCAGCAGGCUGUCUAGCGUUGCGCAGUUGGACGAGUUCGCAUCCGCGCAGAGCCGGAAAGAUUCGGGUAUCAGGAGUAAUAGCAGGAGGAGUAGCAUUCAACAGAUUGACAAUAAUCACAUGAACCAGGAAAUGUUGCAACACCGCGUCUCCGGCUACUACACCUCGAGCCAGAGCUCCAUCAACUCCGUGCCCGUAACCAUAAAACAAUCAAUCAAACCGAUCAACCAAGUACCACCUCAAGUUCCAAAAUUCAUAGGCCUAAACCUACGAAAACAGUCGGACAGACAGCUGAUCAAGUGCAUGCAGGACACCAGCCCGAAGUUUUUGCAGUUUAUCGCGCCACCCACGUCAACUUGGACGCUGUUUUUCAAGGACAGGGACAUGGAACGGGAAUAUAGGGCAAACGUACAUCAGGUACCGGUAUCAAAUCAGAUGAACACGCUGGCCAAUUCGAGGUUUAACACUUACUUUGAUAUAUUUAUUUCGUUAACUGUCUUUCUUCUGAUCUCGGUCGGUCUAGCUUUCGUCUAUGGCAUCACCAAUGUGUGGAUAAUAACUUUUUCAAUUUGUCUUCUACUGCAAGUAUUGAAUAUCGGACUCUGUGUUGUCCCGGUGAUUAAAUGGAUGGAGGGUUCGUGCAGAUGCAGCACAAUAUUUUGUAGGUGGAAUAUAUUUGGUGCUAUACUAGUUAGUUUACCUAUGUUCUCCGCUGUAGUAAAUUACGGACGAAGUACAGACCUAGGCCACUGUAACACACAUUUAUUUACAUAUCUCCUCUUCGUUGGUCUCAUUCACUUUUGUAAUUUCACCCAGUUGAAUUGCUGGAUGAAGAGUACCAUAGCCACGAUACUAAGCGGAGCGUUUAUAGUUUUGGUCAUAUUGAAAAGUUGUUCUUUAACAACUAUCGAAACUAACUCUACCGAAUCUCUUAAUAGUUCGUUUGUAUCGAUGAAUCAGACUAGUGGGGUGUCCGAACCCAAGAAAUACUAUGUACAAAACCUGGAUUUGUUGAUGAACUUGUUCAUGUUGCUCAUAUUAGUUUGGAUAUUGAACAGAGAGUUCGAGAUCGGGUACAGGUUUAGUUUUCACGCGAAUUUCGUCGCCAACAGGGAUAAAAGCCGAGUUCAAACCUUGAAGAACCAAGCCGACUACCUCAUUUAUAACAUAGUACCGGAACACGUCGCCGACCAGCUGAAAAAAUCGGCUAAAUACUCUGAAAACUUCAAGGACGUGGCUAUCAUAUUCGCCAGCAUAGUCAACUUUAACGAGAUGUACGACGAGAGUUUCGAAGGUGGUAAAGAGUACCUGAGAGUACUCAACGAGCUUAUCGGCGAUUUCGACGAACUGCUCGACAGAGAAGAGUUCAGGUGCGUGGAAAAAAUCAAAACCAUAGGCUCCACCUUCAUGGCGGCCAGCGGGCUGGAUUCCGAACAAAGAGCCAGACAGAGGGAUCCAAACGAACACCUCUACGCCCUGAUGGAGUUCGCUCUGGAGAUGCAAAACGUAGUGGAGAACUUUAACAGGAACCUCCUAGAGUUCAACCUGAUUAUCAGGAUAGGUUAUAAUUUCGGUGACGUGACGGCCGCCGUCAUCGGGAACACCAAGCUUUACUAUGACAUAUGGGGCGACGCGGUCAAUAUAGCUUCGAGAAUGGAUAGUACGGGGGUCGACGGUAGGAUUCAGGUGGGCGAGCAUUGUUUGAACGUGCUGAGGAAUAGAUUCGAUUUUGAGAAAAGGGGGCCUGUUUACGUGAAGGGCAAGGAUAACAUGAACGUGUUUCUGCUCAAGGGUCGCAAAGAGGGGUGUGGGAAUAAUCAUAAUGGUAUUUGUGUUCCUGAGGAGGAAGUAAAAUAACUUGUAUAUUUCGACGGAAGGUGUGGUUGAAUAAGGAUUCUCUUGUUCGCGCCAUGAAAGGACCACCGAGGUGUGAUUCUGUAAGCUCGUAAAAUGAAAUUUCUUGCCAGUGACUCACUAUUCUUAUGAUAUUUUUAGGAUGUAUCAUAUAAUUUUCCUCGCUUUACAAAUUUGACAGAUAUUUUCAUCCCAACCAAUCAAAAAAUUUCUCGAAAUUUAUUCGGAAACUAUCAUGACCUGAACACGGUGUUUGGCCAGACUUGGCAAAAAGGACGUUAAAAUAUAUUGCUAUAGUGUUGGUAAAAUUUAAAAAUAUAUCGAUAGAUUAAAUAUUAUUUUUGAAGAGUGUUCCAUAUAUCGUCAAUUUCUUUCAUAGAUUCAUUGAUAUUUUUUGAAUAUGUACAGUCGAAAUAAAAAGAGCGCAAAUUACCUUGGGAAUAGUCGAUAAAAUUCACAAUAUAAUUUUGCAUAUAAAAUAUCAUUCAUCCUUAAUUUGAAGGUAACUUGACACUGGUAUUUAUAUAUCAACAAGCAUAUACAAUAUGAUCGAAAAAAAAAACGGCGGCAACGAUGGUUUUGAAACGAAGAUCGCUUUCAUCUUAUAUGUAAAUGUAUAUAGGGAAUGUCAUUGAUGGUCAUUUCCAAGCCAAAUGGACGAUGUUCUUUUUUCGGUCAUACGAUAUUUUCUGUGCAAAAUAUUAAUGAGUAUAUCGAUGAAUUUUUUAAAAUAUAUUUUUAUAAAAUAUACAUUCUAAAUUUUAUUUACAAAUUUAUGAUUUUAAGAUUCAGACCAUAAUAAAGACUUUCAAUGUCAAAACAAAUAACCUAGGUGAUAUUUUUGACACCUACAGUAUGAUUGUGUUAUGAUGAACCAAUUUCCACGAAGAAAGCCGAGUAAGUGUGAGUCGCUAGCAAGAAAUUUCUUUGGAUAGCUUACAGAAUCGCAACGCUCUGAUAUUUUUACCUCACUCUAAUUGCAGUGUUCUAUGGUAUAAGCUAAGAUUAUUAUGUGUUUCAAAAAAAGAAUGGAAGAUCAAGAUAAUAUAUCUUGUAAGUGAAUUUAAAACUUGAACUACCAAAUUAAUACUAUUUAUUGUCUAUGAAUGUAUGGAGUUUAAACACAAACAGCUGUAUUGCUCAUUAGUAUAGUCUGUCCAACAAAUGUAUUUUCAAAUUACUAUUUUUAUUUUCUGUCAAUAUUUUAAUGACGUGUAUCUAAAACUUUCCUGACAAGCUGGACAGACUCUAUACAAAAAGACUUGUUCGAAAUAUGAGUAGUAUUGCUCAUUAGUAUAGUCUGUCCAACAAAUGCAUUUUCAAAUUACAAAUUGUAUUUUCUGUCAAUCUUUUAAUGACGCGUAUCUAAAUCUUUCCUGACCAGCUGGACAGACUAUAUACAAAAAGACUUGUUCGAAAUAUGUGUAGUAUGAGUGAAAUGGUUUGAAUCGAAGGUCUUUAAAAUGCUUUUUUGGAUACAUAUAAAUUUCGUCAAAUGGCAGAAAAUAAGCCAUGAAUUGAUAUAUGUCCGGUGUGAUUCAGGCUUGACACUUAAAGCUAAAAUAUAUGAAAAAAUAUAACUGGUGGAUAGGAAUGGAAACAAAUCAGACAUAAACAACCAGACUCAUAAUAUACCUUACGGUGACACAAAAGUGACAUGACAUAAUUGACACUCUGUCAUACCUAACUUCACAACGUGGCGCCAAGUUUGAAUCACUCAAUACAUUUAUAUCAUUUUUUUUGUAAAAGUCUGUAUAUUCCGUUGCAAGAACAAUAUUAACUGUGAUAUAUUGUAAGAGUAGAGCAUGUAUUAAUAAUAUAUUAAUAAUAUAUUCUUCUGAAUCUGUCAUAUUUCUUACUAAUCAGAUACAAUUUCAAUUGUCUUUAUAAUACCGUAGUAAGAGCUUGUAAUCUAAUGAGAUUUUCAGUACUUUUAGAAUUUUUUUUGAAGGACAAAACAUAACCUUACUAAAAGUACAAAAUAUGUUUAAUUUCACCAACGAAGUACCAAUAACAGAGAUAACGUCCCAACUGCCUUGAAAGACGUUCUGUUUAUUUAAAAACAAUAGCGACUGUCCAUUUAAAUGAAAUAUAAAAUUAAAAAUAUUGAUUAUAUAUAAUUUUAUAUACAAGAUUUUUAUAAAUGUAUAUGUAUAUCUCUUUGGAAGUUACCAAAGAUAUAUCUAGUAAUUCGUAAGAAUAGUUAAUUUAUGCCUCACCCGAAUAACUUUUGGAUUUGCCUUGUUUAUUUUUAUUUAUUCUGCUUAUAUUAUGCUUUCCAGUUUUUUACUAGAUAUGUCCGGAAAUAUCGAUGUAUUAAAAUAUCGAUUUAUUUUUUCAACCAUCCUGUCUUCCCAUUUAUGUGGUGUUUCAAAUUGUAAUGGUAUCCAAUACAAUCCUCUUAUUUUUAAUUCUACUCUAAUUUUAUCUUUAUGUAUAAACAUUACGCGUAGAACCCGUUACAUGUUGUAAAAAUACCGAUACUCAAUAUGUCGAUAUAAACGGACAUCCCUAGUUCUUACCAAUUUUUCCAGCCUGAAAUGAAGACCAAUACUAACCGGAUUGUGUCUUUUUAAAUAACUGUGAUAAUUUUUCCCUUUUUGCAUUUCUUUAUUUUAAACUAUUUUUUUAUAUAUUAUUGUAAAAGUAUAAAAUCAAGGCACUUAGGGUAAGUCGCAGUGUAUAUUAAAUCUAACCAGUGUAAAUAAAAACAUCACAAAGUUUUUAGGCAAUGCUUUAACGGGUUGCAGACGAUAUAAUAGUGGUUCUCGCGUACGUUAUGUAUGAUAGCCACUGUGGCUUUUAUAUUAUUAAAUUGAACGUCUUGUUCUACGACAAACCUUAUCGUCUGUGGACCGCUUUAGACUUAAUAUGAACUGUGAUAAAUACGCCUAUAGUUUGAUUUUUUCUAAUUUUGCUAGUACCUAUUCUUUUUUUAGCUAUGCUGUCCACUAACUAUAGAAAUAAUCUAUACAUUAAUAAAAAUUAUUUUAUGAACAGAAUAACGAAGAAAUAUUUGUCAAAAUUAGAGAAAUGACUAAUCUAAAUUGUGUGUAACUCAAGUGGUGUAGCACAAAUAUGAUAUUCGUUACACAAAAAUUACUCUGCCUAACUCUUUAAAGGAAUCCUUAUUUUUAUAUACACUUUUUUUCUAUUCGAUAUUUUUCAUAUUUCAAUCACUAAAGUCUGUAUUGCAGAUAUUAUAUACUUUUGUUAUCUUUAUACUAAUUCUUUUUAAUACUUGACUAAGCCACCCAAAGAAUUCGGUAAAUAUCAAUUUUAUUUAUAGAUUUUGGAAAGUUUUCAAUUAAAAUUUUGAAAAUAAUGUGCCAAAUUAUGUACAAAAAGAAAAAACACUCAAAAAUCGAAAAAAGAGGUAGCCAAAUUUUCGUAUUCAAAAAGUUCUCAGGGUGGUUUUAUUUAUUUGAUAUUUCUUGUUAAUUGUUAUUUAAGCAUUUUUUAUGAAGGGUAUAGCCGGGUUAAUAUGGGAAAUCUGCCCCCGCGGCUUUUUUGACUCGUACUCAGGGGAUUGAUUUGGUGUGGAAUCAAAAUAAUUCACCUAAAUUUUUAGCACUUUAACAACGGUUUUCGAGAUUUUCAAAAAAAGUCUAAGACAUGAAAAAAUAAUAUGAUCAUGGUUCUUAAACGAAAAGCCGAUUUUUAGCGGAGGAAAGAAAAUUAAAAUAAUAAUAAUAAUAAUAAUAAUAAUAAUAAAAAUCAUAUUACGUGGAAACCCAAUGAACCCAGUAACAGUAACAACCGAUGAUGUCAGAAAAGUAAUAUCAAAACUAGCAAACUGGAAAGCCCCAGGAAAAGACGGGAUCCAGAACUUUUGGUUCAAAAGACUUACCUGUACACACGCAUGUUUGGCAUCACAAUUUAACAGAGUCCUACAAAAACCAGAGGAACUUCCAAGUUUCCUCACAAGUGGAGUUACCUACCUUCUCCCGAAAUCCGAGAAUACCAAAGACCCGUCGCAAUACAGACCGAUCACCUGUCUACCUACAUUGUAUAAAAUUCUUUCUGCUGUAAUUCGGGACAAAAUUGAUACGUACCUGGAACAAGAAAACAUAAUGACGGAAGAACAAAAAGGAUGUAAAAGAAGAGCUCUUGGCUGUAAAGAACAGAUCACUAUAGAUGCUGUAAUUCUCGAGCCAAGCACGCCAAAGGCAAAGAAAUGUAUGCAUGGCAUACGUAGAUUACCAGAAGGCCUUCGAUUCAAUACCUCACAGCUGGCUUUUAAAAGUGCUGGAGAUUUACAGUAUCGAUAAUACCAUCAUAAAUUUUCUACAGCAUACUAUGACCAAAUGGAAUACUUCACUAAGUAUUAAACAUCAAGAGUCAAAUAUAGAAUCUGGAAUUAUAAGAUUGCAGAGAGGAAUCUUCCAGGGGGACUCCUUGUCUGCAUUAUGGUUUUGCCUUGCUCUGAACCCAAUAUCCGAAACACUUAAAGAAACAGGGUUCGGUUUUGCCUUAAAAUUUGGAAAACAUUCAAAAGUUAUCAGCCAUUUGCUCUUUAUGGAUGACUUAAAAAUCUACGCGGCAAACCAAAAGCAACUAGACGCUGCCCUAAAACUCACCUAUCAGAUGAGCACUGAUAUUGCCAUGGACUUCGGUGUCAAAAAGUGCCAAACAGUAACCGUUGAGAGAGGAAAACUGAUUGAGGGACCUGAAUUUCAAUUGAACCCAAACACAAAAGUAGCAUCGAUGUCCCGUGAUCCAUACAAAUACCUUGGAGUUCUGCAGACAAACAAGAUUGAACAUAGCAAAAUUAAGGAAAUAC